GCUGCAGGGGGAGGACAAGAGCUGCCGCCUGCGUGACUCUCUCCCAGGCUGGCUGGAGAGAAAAGCGGCAGUGCCCUGCAGAAGAGCCGAGACGCUGAGGCGAUGGCCACGGUCCGGGACUCAGCCAUUGUGCUGAUUUUGCUUUUCAGCUCCAGCAUGGAAGAUGCUGUAACUCAGACCCAGCCGGCAUUGUCAGGGGUGGAGCGCGAGUCCGUUUCCCUGGACUGCACUUAUGAAACUGCUGCUAGCAACUAUUAUUUGUAUUGGUACAAACAGCCCCCCGGGGAAAGCCUUAAUUUCCUUUUUCGGCAAUAUUCUGGAGGAGCAAAGAGGAAUGAGGCCGGGGAGAGAUUCUCUGUCAAUUUGGAGAAGUCCAAAAGCUCCGUCAGUCUGAGGAUCACAGCUCUGGAGUUGGGGGACGCGGCCAUGUACUUCUGCGCUUUCAGUAGAGACACGGUGUUGAAAUUCCUAGGGAGUCCUGAACAAAAACCUGACACCUCUCCGCUACUGAACCGUCCCCCACCUCCUCCAAAAUACCCAGAACCUCAUGAACCCGGUGUCAAGAAACUUCACCAUAAGAUUCUAUUCUAUCUAGGUUCCUGUAUUGCACACAUCAUUGUGGUGGCUUUCGCCCCUGAGGAUCUGGAAACAAUAUAUUUAACCAUGAAUGCUCCAGAAAUUCUGCUUUGGACAACAAUAGCAUUUCUAUCUUUGAGUUCCAGCCAGGGACAAGGCAGUGUCACCCAAACACAAGGGCAGCUGGCAAAGUUGGGGGGCCAGACUGUCACCCUGGAGUGUACUUUCUCCACUGGAUACCCGAACUAUUACUUAUUUUGGUACAGACAGCACCGAUCAGGGGCAAUGGAUUUCCUCUUCCGAAUAGAUUACAGUAACACUGAAAAGAAUGGAGCCGGGAGACGGUUUUCUGCACAAUUCAGGAAAUCGUCAAAAUUCUUCAGUUUAACCAUUAAAGAGCUAGAGCCGACGGACUCGGCGCUGUAUUUCUGUGCUCUGUGGGAAGACACUGUGAGGCGUUUAAUAGGGAGCCCUGUACAAAAACCCACCCGCUGGGCUUUCUCACCAUGAGAACCACAACUGCAGAGUAGCAUCCCCAGGCCACAGAUAGUGAGGCUGGUAUAAACCACACGACCUGACACCUUUGAAGCCUAAUUCACCAUUGCGUUACCCCAGAUUAAUGUCAGUUUACCCACAGUGAGUCUGCUCCUCAGUUGAGGUGAGUCACUGUGGGGCAGAUGGAGUCAACUGGGCCAGGUCCACCGCAGGUAUCAAUCAGCUGUUCUCCCAUUGGGGCUGGAUUCCCCUAGCUGGAGUAAACCAGCAUGGGGCCAAUGGGGUAGAUACACAAAGGCACAACACAGAGGAGCAUGCAGACAUAUGAGCACGUGCAAACACAAACAAUAGAGACAGAUAGAAACACAC